GAAAAUAAAAACAACACAGAAAGAAAAGAAAAGAAAAUCAGUGACCGUACAUACAGUUCCAGAGAGAGAGAGAGUGAAAAACUAGAAGAAAGAGAAAGAAACACUAACACACACACACACACACACGAACGAGAACACAAAGAACGUGUGAAAAGAAAAACCCAUUUUCUGUGUGUCGGGUUCUCAAUUAGGAAGGAAGAAAGACGAGCUAAGCUCGCCGAUCUUCCAGAACAUUCUAGAUCACUCUUUGUAAAGUUGUUGCUGUGUACAGGUGAACAAACAAAACAACCUCAAAAACCCCAAACACAACAAACAAAAAUGGACUUGUACGUUCGGAGCCCCACUAGAAACGGAUCCAACCCGUUAAAUCAACAUGAAUGGCGUUCACCUACUGCUGAUACAACUGCUCUCGGAGGUGUUGUAGAUUCGAUGUGGCAUUUAACGAUUGGUGGUGGUGAAUCUUACCCUGAACGACAUGGUGUGCCUAAUUGUGCUUAUUAUAUGCGAACUGGGUUCUGUGGUUAUGGUGGAAGGUGUCGAUUCAAUCAUCCGCGUGAUCGUGCUGCGGUUGCUGCUGCAGUAAGAGCUACGGGGGACUACCCAGAACGGCUCGGGGAACCUCCAUGUCAGUAUUAUUUAAAAACUGGAACCUGUAAAUUCGGCGCGUCCUGUAAAUUCCACCAUCCCAAAAAUGGAGGGGGAUAUUUAAGCCAAGCUCCACUAAAUAUUUAUGGAUACCCAUUACGACCGGGCGAGAAUGAGUGCUCCUAUUAUUUGAAAACGGGGCAGUGCAAAUUUGGCGUAACUUGUAAAUUCCACCAUCCUCAACCUGCUGGCACGUCAUUGCCAGCAUCUGCACCUCAAUUUUAUCAACAGGUGCAGUCUCCAACUGUUCCUCUGCCUGAACAGUUUGGAGGAGCUUCCCCAAGCGUGAGAGUGGCUAGACCUCCUGUGUUACCUGGUUCGUAUGUACAAGGGGCUUAUGGUCCUGUACUUCUUUCCCCAGGGGUUGUUCCAUUUCCUGGAUGGAGUCCUUAUUCGGCUCCUGUAAGCCCUGUGUUAUCUCCUGGCGCGCAACCUGCUGUUGGGGCUACUUCUCUAUAUGGAUUGACCCAGUUGUCGUCAUCAACAUCAGCUUUUGCUAGACCUUAUACUCCUCUGCCCUCUUCUCCUGGCCCUGCAGGAAGCAGCCUGCAGGAAAAAGUAUUUCCUGAAAGACCUGGUGAACCGGUCUGCCAAUACUAUCUGAGAACUGGAGACUGUAAAUUUGGAUUAGCUUGUCGAUAUCAUCAUCCGCAGGAUCAGGGUGUUGCACGACCACUUCUUAGUCCCAUUGGUCUUCCGUUACGCCCGGGUGUACAGCCUUGUUUGUUUUAUUUACAAAAUGGGCACUGCAAGUUUGGCUCGACGUGCAAGUUCGAUCAUCCUGUGGGGUCAAUGAGAUACAGUCCAUCAGCAUCUUCUCUUAUUGAUGUUCCAGUUGCUCCAUACCCAGUUGGGUCUUUACUAUCUAGCCUGGUUCCUUCAACGACAUAUUCAGAGUUUCGGCCUGAACUGAAGUCAGGUCCCAAAAAGGAAUCCUAUCCAGCCAGAAUGCAUUCUUCCGGAAAUGGUUCUGGUACUUCAGUCGGUUUAAAUUUUUCACAAGGUGGGUCUGUCUCACUGUCUGAUGCGCAACUCUCAAGCCAAAGUUCUGCUUCUUUAAACGGUAGCAGAAGCAGCAGACAGAGUGGUGAGAUACGUUGAUCAGGCGCGCUAUAGUACAAAACUUGAAAAUGCUUCCACAUUAUCUAUCAAAUGUGAUUUCACAAGCCUCCAAUGCUUCUGUCUAUAUUCCCCUCAGUAUUUAACGGAAACUGUUCAAGUUUCUUUUCGCCAUUGAAAAUGUCAUCCAAUCCUGAUUCGUGUGUAGGCCUAUACACCAGGUCAUUCUCUUUUAUGCUUAUUUCAUCUGAUCAUAUUAUUAUUACUAUUAUUAUAUUAUAUAAAUAUUAUUACUGAUCAUAUUAUUAUU